UUAAAGCUACCAGGGAUGACAAGUCCCUUCCAGAAGGGAAUCCAAGGAGGCAGCAAGUGAAAUGUGUUGUUUAGCAUACUGAUGAAAGUGCUGGACACAGCUGAUAAACAUUGAAGAUCAAGGUGUCCCUGGAAGGCAAUGGCCCCUUUAACAGAGAAAGGUGACAAAAGGGAGGACCAAAACACUGAAGUGCAGAAAAGAAGCUCCACCUUCACAAUGAGUACAGAGCAUGAAGCCUCCGUGUCUUCAUCCAUCAUAAAUGGCGUAUCUACUACCAUUAUCAAAGAGCAGGACAGGGCGGCUGACUACCCUGCUCGUACACGAUCUGUCUCUGCAGUAAAAAUAACCCCAGUGAAGAGAGUGAAAAGUUCUCCUGCCCUAAUGCUGGUGACAGGCACAGAUCCUUCUAAAGUUUGUGCAGGCAAAGGGACUGUGACUCUGCACACAUCUAGCACUCACAGUAAUCUGGCAGCCUGCACUCUGGAGCCCACGGACGUUGAGCAAGAAACACAGGAUGCCUGGAAGACUGCUUGCUGUGAUGCAAAUGGAGACAGCACCACCUCAUCACUGGCAGCUAAGGGAUUCAGGAGCGUUCGACCUAACCUUCAGUCACAGAAAUUCCCCCAGUCUCCACCUAGCUUGGCAUGCCAAACUUUGACUAACCAAAGUCCAUCCUUCCUUUCCCUCGCUCCAGGCACAGACGGUUUGUACAUGAGCUACCCCAAACCGUAUGUGCCUGCAGCAACACCUGGUUUUUGCAGUGGGCAGCUAUUGUCACAAAGCCCCAGUCUAGGUGAAAGGGCUUUUCAACAACACACAGGUGUGCAGGCUUUGUCCAUGAACAGUGCUAGUGCUGCUACCAGAUACCCCGUGCACGCUAAGCAACAGGAGACAUUGGUGACUGUAGCACCUCUGACCGCUGACACCUCCAGUCUAGAGGAUAGCAUUAAGAAGAAGGUCAGCAGCCUGUAUGUAGCUUGUUUGUCUAACAGCACUUGCUCACCUGAAGUAGUGGAAGCUUCCAAAACCCCAGCACGUAUGGACACAGAAGACACCCAAAGUGCACCCCCUCCUAUUCCCCCCAGACCUUUCUUAGCAAAGGAGCCCCAUAUAAUGUGGCAGCCACAGGAGUCUUUGAAGAUGUGCAUGCCAGCUCCAGCAAUCCCAGUCAGUGAAGCCCUGAUGGAGCAGCAGUGCCUUAAAUCGAGCCAACAGCCUGGCAUGGAUCCCAGUGGGCAGGAGAAGAAGAGUGGCAGGGAUGGCUUGGUUUCUGCUGUUCAGCCUGGUGUCAUAGUGGUCCCGCUGGAUCAGGCUGAGUUUCCUUCAAUACACAAAUGCAACCUGGACAGCCCUCCACCAUCACUACCUUCUCCUCCUCCUCUCAUGCCCGCUGACACACCUCUGACCCUCCCGACACUUGAUGAUUUCAUUCCUCCCCGCCUUCAAAGGUCCCCAGCUCCCAGCUCACCCAUUAUCAGUACUUCGGCAUCCCCUGUUAACCUGUCACCUGUCCAUUCCGCUGAGCCCAUAGAGGCUGCUCAGGAGAUCUCAGAAUCUGCGGACGCAGCAGCUGAUGGAGUUUCUACGCCUACAGUGGAACCAUCUGUGAUUCCUGAAGUUUUCCCACCUAGCUCAAGUUCCACGACUCGCUCAUACUUUCCUUCAGCAGGCAAGCCUUCCUCUGCUUAUCCAUCCACAACAAUCGUAAACCCAACCAUAGUGCUUUUACAGCACAACAGAGAACAACAAAAACGACUUAAUAGUUUGGCAGAUCAUUUAGCAGAAUGCCCCAGUGUCCUGCCUGAUGGGCAAAGAGAACAGACUGAUAUGGAAGACAGGAACCGCCCAAGAAUGAAGCUCCUCCAGGACAUAGGAAGCAGUUCACUGGAUGGGAUAGGCAUACCCAUGAGGAAUACAGAGAGAUCCAAGGACUGGUACAAGACAAUGUUUAAGCAGAUUCACAAGAUAAAAGAUUCUCCUGAAGAAAACCCUUAUCAUCCUACCUAUAUAUUUCCUGAGCCCACUGAAAAGCAGAGCAGAAUAGAAGAAGACAACCAAUAUGUUCCAACCUACCAGUUUCCAGAGAGUCCACCUAGUACAAACGUGAAAGUGGAGAACACUUACACACCAACCUACAUUUUCUCGGAGGUGGCAAGAAGGUUCCAAGCUGAAGAUGAUGACUUGGAUUCUUACUCUCCCAGACAGUCAUAUUCAGAAGAUGUGAGAAGUCCACCAUAUGUGCCAAGAUCAAAAAGUGCUGCAGACAUUAUUGACACUGAGGUCCCUGUGAAGCGGUCAGCUACUCUUCCUCUACCCACUCGCUCAUCCUCUCUGAAGCCUUCCUCUGACCGGAACGAGUGGGAGCCUUCAGAUAAGAAGGUUGAUACCAGGAAAUACCGUGCAGAGCCAAGGAGUAUCUUUGAAUAUGAACCGGGCAAAUCCUCAGUGCUGAACCACGAGAAAACGACUCGGGAUAUAAGUCCAGAAGAAAUAGAUUUAGAGAAUGAACCUUGGUAUAAAUUCUUUUCAGAGAUGGAGUUUGGAAGACCGCCUCCAAAAAAGAUCUGGGAUUAUACUCCAGGCGAUUGCUCUAUUCUUUCGCUGGAGGAUAGACAGAGUGCACCUCUCAGCCCCCUGGAAAGCCAGCCAGAGCUCCAGCAAUACUCAAUGCAUAUGUCCAAUCAUAAUGAGGCAACAAGAGAAUCCGAGCCAAUGGCUGGUGACCAUGUGGGCUCUGACAACGAGCGUCUUAUUUACAAAAGCGUUCUGGAAGGCGGUGACAUUCCCCUGCAAGGGUUAAGUGGUUUGAACAAACGGCCUUCCAGCUCAUCCUCUACAAAAGUGGAUCAUAAAGGUGGGAAUGCUUACAUCAUUUCACCUUCUUCCAUAAAUAGCAGAACACUUAUUUCUAGCUAUGCUCUAGGUACUAAAUGUAAGCCAAAGACGCCACUGUUUGCGGCAAAAGCCUGUAUCUCUGAAAUCCUGCCAUCCAAAUUCAAGCCCAGAUUUGUGCCACCUGUGGCCUGCAUGCAGGAGCGAGAACCUCCUGUCUCAGUGCACAUUAAAGCCCAAAGCUGUGAAGACCUGCAUGAUGGAUCAGCCUGCUAUAAUGGCCACAGGGCUGAGAUGAUCCAAAGCACAGAGUCGCUAGUCUUAAAGGAGAUGGGCGAGUUGGGAAGGAGAAGUGGCAGCGCCAGCAGCCUACAGGAGUAUGGCUCUUGCACACGAAAGCGGUUUAUACCACCUCGCAGGAAUGCCGCAGAGUUCAGUGCCAUGUACAAAAACAUGCACCACAUCAACCGACAGGACCUGCAGAGAGGAAGUGGAGGCAGUGGUAGCGUUCGGAACAUUGCUUGCCAGUUUGAACAGGAGCAGAAGGCACAGAGUGAGCCUGGGGGCAGUGGUCCAGAUGAGCCGGGUGAGAUACCACGGCACACUGUGUCCUCCCGAGUGAAUGAAUUUGAACAGAUCAUCCAGAGGUCAAGGUCUUUACCAACACUGGAUACUGGAGGAAAGAGCCCAAGCCCAACACUGUGCAGACCGCACCUGAGCUCGGCUUUCUCAGCAGAGUCACUUCUGGAACCGCAAAGCAGAGCUAAAGAGGAGGAGGAGGAGACUGACGUUAAAAUCCUUGUCAAGAGUGCAUCUCUGUCUGGGAGUGAUGCUGAAGAUCCUGCAUCCUCAGAGUACAGUGAUUUGAUGCCUGUAGAUUCUCUCUCAACCUGCACAGACAAUGAAGUGGAUCGGCUUUCCAAUGCCUCUGCUGAGAGUUCCAACAGCAGCGUCCACCAUACACAUAGACUGAAAGCAAGCAAAUGUAAGGGCUCCUGUCCUGCCUCUUACACAAGGUUUACAACCAUCCGGAGGCAUGAACUACAGAUGGCUAAGGCCGAAGCCAAACUCGCUUCACAAGAGAGCAGAAACCUCUUUCCCAGAAACCUAUUCCUGAUGGGACCACAGCCCUUCCGGCUUAAAAAGCCACCCCAGCAGGACCCAAAGAGGAAGAUGUGUCCCACAGCAGCACCCUGUCACUCUGCACAGCCGCCUGAGUUGGCAAAGGAAAGUAACCAGAAGCAAGAAAGAGCAGACUCUGAAGACGGCUCCUACCCAGAGGACCGACCUCUCAUUCCUCAGCGGCAGUCCUCUCUGGAGGCAGUGGAACGACUGAGCCAUCAAAACAAUGGGGACAAUCCACAGGAAGAGCCGUAUGACUGCAUUGCAAAUGGCAACGGCACACCUAACAGCCUGGACUCCAACAACAAUCCUGAACACAAGAUGGCCAUUUUUCUCAGAGAUUCUGACUCUCUGCGCCAUUUUGCUCCAGUGGAGCUCUUGGAUACACCCGAAGAGAUUGCCCGCAGGCGCUACGAUGACAAAGAGAAACUUUUAGAGGAGCAGAGAAGGCUUAAGCGUGAACAAGAAGAAGCUGAUAUUGCAUCUAGAAGGCAUACAGGACUCUUUCUAACACAUCAUCAGUUUAUCACUAAUGAUCGUUUUGGAGAUCUUCUUAACACUGACGAUGCAGAUAAGAGGAAAUCUGGGUCCGAGGUCUGUUCCAGUCACCUCAGUGCUCCGCUUGACCCAAAGCAAGAUUUGCCUCUCACACUGUGUUGCGCUAUGGCCCCUGCCAGGGCACGAUAUGAUUUUAAAGCACAGACUUUGAAGGAGCUGCCCUUUCAGAAAGGAGACAUAGUCUACAUUUAUAGACAGAUUGAUCAGAACUGGUACGAAGGGGAGCACCACGGAAGAGUUGGGAUCUUCCCUCGGACAUAUGUGGAGCUGCUCCCACCUACUGAGAAAGCACAACCAAAGAAGACUCCGCCAGUACAAGUGCUGGAGUAUGGAGAAGCCACGGCUAAGUUCAGCUUCACUGGAGACACGCCUGUAGAAAUGUCCUUCCGCAAGGGAGAGAGGAUCACAUUGAUCCGAAGAGUGGACGAAAACUGGUAUGAGGGCAAAAUCUCAGGAACUAAUAGGCAGGGAAUUUUCCCAGUGACAUACGUUGAUGUGAUAAAGAGACCACGCGUGAAAAAUUCUUUGGAGUAUCCAGAUCCACCAAUGAGCCGCUCUCCAAACCGCAGCUCCACUGCAUCACCACAGUCUAAUUACAGCAGGCUUCUUUCUCCUACUCCCCCUCUUUCAUCUGUACGUAGAGCAGUCACCCCUGACGUCCAGGCUAUCACUUCAGAGUGGAUUUCCCUAACUAUGGGGGUAUCUUGUGGCAGCCCCUCUGCAGUUACUCCACCUCUGCCACCUCUCCCAGAGGGUUUUUCUGUAUGUGGGGAUUACCUCUCUCCAUCAGCGGCAGCUAGUCCCACACCUUCGGUCAGCAUCCCUUACUAUAGCCUUUCUGGCAGCUCCACACCACGCUCUGCCACCUCCCCACCUCCACCUUACCCACCACGCCCCUACUCCUUCACACCCAGCAUCACCUGCACACCUCCCAAGGGAGAAGAGCAUCGGCUUGCCUUUCAUUCACCCACUUCCCCAUGUCAUUCACCAACUGCCAUGAGCAGCUCACAUACACCCUCUCCUGAUUUCACCAAGGCCCCUAGUCCAGAGCUGAAGCUGUUUUCUAUUGAGCUUGAAGAUGACAAGCUGUGCCAGGAGCUGCUCAAUAUUGUGCAUGGGGAGAGUGCUUCAGGAGGCACGAAUCACACACUCAGCAUGGCAGGCCCACUGAGUAGCAAUGAAAAGAAUGCUGGCAAUUACAGAGAAAGCCAUAGCCCUCCUCUGCCACCACCAAAGUCCUUCUCUCUGACUUAUUUCCAAACUUCUGCCACACAGAGCAGACCUCAGCCCUCAGUCGGAGCUGGGAGCACCAUCUGUCAGCCCCUGAAAAACGAUGUCAUCUACCCAGGUGUGACUUCAAGAAGUCCUGUUCUGCCCACCGACUUUCCAGCAAGCAUGAUGAACGCAAACUCCUACGCUCCUUCUCAUCAGCCACUGAGAACAGGACCUGAUCUCACAGACUCUGAAAAGAGUUAUGUGCAACCCCAGGCUCAGCAACGAGGGAGCACCCCAGACCGAGCUCAGAUCAUCAGCGAAGUCUUCCAGGCUAUGUAUAGCUAUGUGCCACAGAACGAUGAUGAACUCGAGCUCCGGGAGGGCGACAUUGUAAACGUCAUGGAAAAGUGCGAUGAUGGCUGGUUUGUUGGUACUUCCAGAAGAACAAGACAGUUUGGCACCUUUCCUGGCAACUAUGUGAAGCCCAUUCAGAUAUAAAACACAGCUUUCUAUUGGACUUUUUAACUAGCACACUGCAGUAUCGGCAAAUAUUUAAAUAAAGCUUAUUUAGUAUAGUUAUGGUAACUUUAUUUUUUCAAAAAAAAAAAAAAGAAAAAUGCACUUACAAUAGCGUCUUUCUUUACUGGCAAGAUGGACUGGGAAGAGUGAAAAGGUUGAAGCAUGUGUCAAUAUGGUGUGAGGUGCUUUAAUACAGCAGCAGAUAGCACUGCAGUCUGAAGGAGAAGCAGGAGGAUGGCAGCGUUGCUUUCAUGUGCUGGUCUGUCGGCCUUAGUUAAAUAGGGUGUAUGAAUGUAGACGAGCCUUAGCCAGAAGGAUUUUCGAGUCUUUUUGUUGUUGGGGGAAGCGAACUAUCACUCUUAACAUUAAGACAAUUUGGCAGAAUGAUGAUAUCUGUGGAGCAAAAAGUCCAGCUUGCCAACUCCAUGACUGAAGGUUUGUUGCAGAUGUAAGAUGCUUUAACAGGUGCCAGAAGGGUAUCCUUUGAGACGCCUUUAUCUGCUGUCAAUACAUACUGCCAUUAAGCAACUCUUGAACCUUGACCCAGCUGUAACCGUAACAAACACUUCAGAAAAUAAACAAAAAAAUGGCUUCCAUCCUGAUACUGUGUUUUAGUUCUAACCUGCAGGAUUUUGAAGAGGAGCAUAAGCUAAUGCAGAGUCAAAGCUAUUUUUUAACUCGCUGGAGAGCGACGCAUUUAGUAAUAUUCAAUUGAAAGCCUAUUUUUAUGUCUAAGUCUUUUUUUAGAGAGAAUUUAUUAAAGAGAAAUUUGUCAAAAUGAACUGUUUGCAGACAAUACUAUCAGCACCGCGGUUUCUAGCUUGAGCUUAGCACAUUUGAGAUGAACACACUCUCCCAGGGCGAGUGUGGAGUGGGAGAAGCGCGCUUGGUAGAGCAUGAUGUAAAUAUGUACAUUUGCUUUUGUACAGAAUGUGUACUUAUCCUGUAUAGAAAAAAAAUAAUAAUUUAAUAAAGGGUUUUAUGAAAUGGGGGGAGUAAGGGGAUUCACUGCUAAAAGCGUGGCAGAGAUGGGCCUGUCUGAGUUCACAGUUUUAAAAAGCACACCUCACACAAUAAAGUUUAGCACACAAGGCCACGUGCACUACUGACUUCAGACAAAGACAUACGUCAGACUGACUGGACUCUGCAGUUUUUUAUUUGCCUUUUGUUUUUACUUUUUGAUUUGUCCUAUUCUCUCAUAGUUUUUAAACAUCCCCACAAUUGUAUUUGUCACCUGUAGCAGUGUAUGAAAUUCCCAGCCUGACGCUGUUGUAUAUACCCAGCACUUUGAAUACAUUUUGUUUAACACUUUUGUUAGCUGCAGCUCACUAAAAACACCAGCUGCAGCUUUUGUGUUGAAUGUUUUCUAAUUGCAGUGCUUUAUGAUUUGAUAACAUUAACUUAAAGAAAUAACGAGCAUCUAUUUACUGCUGUGGUUGCUAUUUCCCAUAUUAUGCAAUAUUCAAUAAAUUGUAUUCAACUGG